CCAACGGUUGAAAACAACCUAAGCACAAAAAAAAAUUCCAUGGCAUAAUUCUAGCAUUACCUCACAUUUUAUACCACACCAUUGAGACAAAACACAAACGUUGUGAGCUCUCUCUCUCGUACCUCGUAUUUCGCUAGUUUUUCACCAAUAGUUUUUUUCUACUCUCUCUUCUCUUCCUCAACCACACUUUCUUUUCAACGCCGGAGAAACUUUGUUUCGGUGGCCGGAGAGGCUUGUUCAUCGGUUUGACCGUUAGGUGUUUGUUGUAUUGUUUGUAUUAUUAUUAUAUUUUUCUUCCUCUGUGCCUUUUCGGAGACAUGGAGGUCUCAGAAAUGCCACCGGAAAAGGACUCCUAUGUGCUCCCGGAAAAGUCUAAACUUGUGUCACCAAAAAAGUUGUCACCGAGAAAGUCUAUAGUGGAAAAGGUGUUUGGAGGAUCCAAUUCAGGGGGUGGAAGUUUCAAGAAGCGUAGUGAAAGUAAGAGUUCCAUAAAUGAAGACAACGAAGGUGGCAUGGAACUCAUGGAGAUUGGAGGACAAAGAACAAAAAAUGUGUUGAUUCUAAUGAGUGAUACUGGUGGUGGACAUAGAGCUUCUGCUGAGGCUAUUCGUGAUGCUUUUCAAAUUGAAUUUGGUGAUGAAUACAAGAUAUUUGUUAAAGAUGUUUGGAAGGAGUAUACAGGGUGGCCAUUGAAUGAUAUGGAGGGUCAAUAUAAAUUCAUGGUUAAGCAUGUUCAGUUAUGGAAGGUUGCUUUUCAUAGCACUUCUCCUAAAUGGAUCCACUCUGUCUACUUGGCUGCCGUUGCCGCCUACUACGCCAGAGAGGUGGAGGCAGGGUUGAUGGAAUUCAAACCAGAUAUUAUAAUUAGUGUUCAUCCCUUGAUGCAACAUAUUCCACUAUGGGUUCUGAAGUGGCAAGGUUUGGAAAAGAAAGUUGUUUUUGUCACUGUUAUCACAGAUCUUAGUACCUGCCAUCCUACUUGGUUCCAUCCUUGGGUGAAUAGAUGUUACUGCUCUUCACAAGAAGUGGCGAAUAAAGCCUUACAAGAGGGACUUCUGGAAUCUCAAACCCGAAUAUAUGGCUUGCCUAUAAGACCUUCUUUCGCUCGCGCAGUUCUUGUUAAGGCUCAACUAAGAGAAGAACUUGAGAUGGAUCCUGACUUGCCGGCAGUUUUGCUGAUGGGGGGUGGGGAAGGAAUGGGUCCUGUCAAGAAAACCGCAAAGGCUCUUGCAGAAUCACUUUAUGAUCAAGAAACUGAGAAACCGAUCGGGCAGAUUGUAGUCAUUUGUGGUCGUAAUAAGAAUUUAGUAGCUUCCGUGGAAGCUAUCGAAUGGAAAAUUCCAGUAAAGGUUAGAGGAUUUGAGACGAUAAUGGCCAAAUGGAUGGGAGCAUGUGACUGCAUCAUAACAAAAGCUGGACCAGGUACAAUUGCAGAAGCAUUGAUUAGAGGUCUUCCUAUCAUCCUCAAUGACUAUAUCCCCGGACAGGAAAAAGGUAAUGUGCCUUAUGUGGUAAACAAUGGAGCUGGUGUCUUCACGCGUAGUGCUAAAGAAACAGCGCGAAUUGUGGCCGAAUGGUUCAGUACAAAACAAGAUGAUCUAAAGAAAAUGUCAGAGAAUGCUCUUAAACUAGCGAAUCCAGAGGCCGUGUUUGAGAUUGUGAGGGACAUUCAUGAACUUGCAAAGCAACGCGAGCCAGGAGUCUUUCCUUACAUGUUGACCUCAUCAUUUACUAGCAUAAUCUAAUUAAUUGAUUAUUUAUCAGUUCAUCUUUCACCACAGAUUUUUUUUAAUCAUUUCCAUUAAAAUUGACAUGUACAUUUAGUUCUUCAAGUUAUAUCAUUCUUUAUCACAGUGGCGUGGUUUUACUGUAAUAUAAGGUAAAAGUCUGGUUUUAGCAGACUUUGGGGUUUAUUUAGGAUGUUUGUUGGAAGGGUUUGUUUUGUAACUGUGUAAUGGUUUCACAUUUUACUGUGCAUCAGUGUAAUGGGUUUACUACAAAAAAUUCUCUGUGACUCUA